AUGAAUGACGUGACGACCUCCUUGCUCACAGAGCAUUUCAGUUAUACACCCUUGUCUCUCAUAGAUGAUAUUAUAAACUCAAUCAACAAUCUCAUAUACCAGGCCAUCUCAAGCCUCGAGUCCGGCUUACUCGCAACUCCCCCCGAGCGUUUGGGCUUUGCGCAUGCAAAUAAUGCCUCUACGAUACCCGACACAGAUGAAGAUGGCAACGUUGUUUACCCGGAAGCCAAACUGGAACUCGAAAAUGGUCUACACCAGUUAGAAACGCUCCUCGAGGCGACCGUGGACAAGGCAUUCGAUAAAUUUGAGAUCUACGUCCUGCGCAACAUCUUCACCGUGCCCGACGACUUAUUGAAUUGGAUCAGAUUGAGCCAUCAUGAGAACCUUGUUCUUGAUCCCUCCCCGAAUGCGCCUACUCCUGAAACGAUCCACGCACUCCGCAAAAAGUUGAAUGAGACCAAGAAACUAAACCGAUCUUUGAAACGCGAGAGCGCGCAAAACGAGGCUGUAAUCUCACAGUUACGAUCGAUAUUAUCGACAGUACAAGCGCCCGAUGUCGCGAAAAACACGAAUGGAGAGAGCAAGGCCGAAACCCUUGUACCAACACAAGACAAGAAGGACCUUGACCUUUCUUUCUUGACGUCCAGUCCGGCUGCGCAGCAACUACGUGUCGGGGUUAAUACUGGCUCGAAUACCCAGUAUACACCGCUCACGACGAACACGACUUUUAUUCUGUCCCAACUUCCUGCACUGCAAGCGAUGUUGAAGCAGCUCCGGCCCAAGCUUGUUUCUCUACCCAAGUCCAGCGAUAUUCUGGAGACAGACGCCAAGUUCGAUGAGAGGAGGGAGUAUAUUGAAAGUAGAAUCAAGCUGCAUCUUGAGCGGACCGGACAGGUACCGGUCGGAGCUAACGGCAGCCCGACGAUUGUCGGACGGAAAAUUGACAUGGCGGAAGCACAAGCGCUUGAGACUGUUACUGGUAUCCUUACAAAAGAUGAAAAGGAGGACUGA